AUAAAUUUGAAGAUGACAUCAAUGAAAAUGUCUACUCAACAUCAUCCUCUGCCAGUGCCACUCUCCUGUAAAUCCACUCUUCUCCACGUGCUGGCGGUCGUCCCAUUUCUUUUCCUCUUGGGUGCUGUCCUACCAGCGCCAACAGUGCGACUGGUAGGAGCAAGGGUACCUCCUAACGAUGGAGGAUGGUCCACGAGGAUUAGUGGCGGAGAAAAAAUUCAGUAUGCGUUUGGAAUGAACUGGGAUCAUUUUGCCGAUUGGAUAACGGCUGAUACUGACGUUAAGGCCGACUUCAUCAGAUGCUGCAUCUAAAAAAGAACUUACAAUUUUUUUAGACAAAAAAAUCAGCGGACCCCUACGACAACAUCAAUCUCUUCAUCGCCCCCCUCCCUUUAGAAUCUUUCUAUGCCUCGUCCUGCUCCUCCCUCUUGUCCUUCUAAUCUCCAAGAAUCUCUAGACGGUGUUUCGCUUCAAAACCGCUUACAUCCAGCGAUAGGCCAACUCCAGCUGGACUUCGAUAUAGCCCAUUUCAAAGGUAAAAGUUUCCUGGAUAUUGGUUGCGGAAGCGGAAUUUUCUCUACAGCGGCUCGAC